UUCUUGACGUGCUGUCUACGAAGUUCGUAUUCAAUAAUAUUAAUUCUAUAGACCACAGAAUAAUUUAACACGGCUUUAAAUACGUAUAAUACUAACUGAAGUUAACUACAAAACAAAAUAGGUACCUACUCGUGUAUAGUAUGCUAUCGCACCGUACGUCUGUAAAAGAAAUGGAUUCUGUAUAACAAGUUAUGCCACGGAUAAGUGGCCAAAAAGAAGAAGUGUUAUGUGAUAUUAAGUUAGAAACGGAUAACGGUGUAUUAGUUUGUGCACAUAAAGAAGUUUUAGUAACAGCUAGUCCAUAUUUCCGUGCAAUGUUUACCAGUUUCGCCGAAGGGGAUAAAGGUGUUGUAAAUUUAAGAGAGUUAGACUGCAACUGUUGGUGGAUUAUAUUUAUACUGGUGAAAUUAUGGUCACUGUACAAGACGUAA